AUGAUCGCUAUCCCCGUGUUCAACGUACACAAACCUUCUAUCAUCAAGCCUUUUUUCAUUGUGAGUUUUGUUGAUUUGAGAACCAUCGACCAUUUCUUAGUUAAUUACAUCUGUGUCACUGUUGCUGCUGCUCCUCGAGCCAGCACCUUGAGAUUUGGAAAGGUUGGGGUGAUCGUUGCAAAUUCGAGAAUGUUGGAUAAAACAAAAGACGAAACAGUGUCUUCGUUUGGUGCCAAGAGAAGUCCAUUUGAUACGAAGUUGUUGGUUCCAGAGUUGCAGAGGGAGAAGUGUGGGGUUUUGAAGGAGAAGAUAUUCACCACAUGGCGAUACAACUUGAAGUCUUUUCAUUUGGGUAUGGGCCCAAAUGCAUUUACUCGAUCACGGGGUGGUCUUCCAAUUAGAGAUGGAAUAUCUUUGAAUUCUGGUGUGCAUUCUGUUGCAGAUAUUCCACUUCAUGAUCAGUUUUCUUGUGGAAAUGACUAUGCCCUGAAGGUAAGAAAACCAUAUACAAUCACAAAGCAGAGAGAGAGGUGGACAGAUGAAGAACACAAGAAGUUCCUUGAAGCCUUAAAGCUAUAUGGCAGGGCCUGGCGACGGAUUGAAGAACAUGUUGGCACAAAGACUGCUGUUCAGAUUCGAAGUCAUGCUCAGAAGUUUUUUUCUAAGAUUGUUAGAGAGUCUAGUGGGAACAGCGCAGCCUUGGAGGAGUCAAUUGAAAUUCCACCUCCACGACCAAAAAGGAAGCCAACUCAUCCUUACCCUCGUAAGCUGGUUGAGAUUUCAAAGAAAGAGGUUUCCAACUCAGAACACCCUCUGAGGUCUAAUUCUCUUAAGUCAUCAGAUUUUGGUCAAGAAAACAAUUCUCCCAAGUCAGUGUUAUCUACAGUUAUUUCCGAAAACCUUGGUUCCUCCGAUUCAGAGACACCUACUGGAAGUUUGUCACCAGUCUCAUCCAUUAGCGGUGUCCCCACAGACAGAUUUGAGCUAGCUGAGCCCAAAGCAUCAUUUGAGGAAGAAGGGUCUCCACCAAGUUCAGCUCAUGAUGAGCAACCUCCCGUGAAACUGGAGCUCUUUCACAAAGAAAGUGUUUCUACCAAAGAUGAUGCAGCAGAAGAAUUAUCUGGUCGUACUCUGAAACUUUUUGGUAUCACUCUACUGGUAACAGAUACAAGCAAACCUUCUUCUCUAACAACGGAGCCAUGCAAACCAAUACCUGCGGCUGCAACGUAUCUUAUGCAACUUCAAAAUGGGUGUUCAGAUAUUGGAGAAGGUACUGCAAGUAUUGUGCCAAGGUGGACUUUUUCCCACAAUGCACUAUUUGUGCCACUUCAUAAGGAGUCAAAAGGGAAACAUCUAUACUCCAAUGUUGGAGAUUUUGAACGUAAAGAAGUUCAAAAGGAAGGAUCAUGGACUGGUUCAAGCACUAGUUCAAUUAAUGACGGAGACAACACUGAAAAAUCAGAUGAUCAAGCCAAGAGUCAUGUGCAUUGCUUUAGCAAAAGGGAUGGACAAUUGGACCUUCUUGAUCAUUCUUCACCAAGUGAAACAUCAACUAUAUUUGAGCUAAGGGUGAGUCCUAAAACCUGUGGGAAAGGUUUUGUACCAUAUAAAAGGUGCAUGGCAGAGAGAGAAAUCCAGUACUCAUCAGUAUGUGAUGAGGAGAGGGAAGAGCAACUUGCUGCAGCAGCAGCGUUCACACAAGCCAUUCUACUAACACUUGUCUCCUCUCACUACUCCUCUUCCUCCGACUCCGCUCCAUCUGUCCAAGCUUCACCCGAGUUCGCUGAGUGGCGAUCCGCACACGCCACCUACUACGCGGCAGCGGAUCCCCGCGAUGCCGUCGGCGGCGCGUGCGGCUAUGGGGACCUCGUCAAGGGCGGCUACGGCAUGGCCACUGUGGGCCUCAGCGAGACGCUCUUCGAGCGCGGCCAGAUCUGCGGCGCGUGCUUCGAGCUGCGCUGCGUGGACGACAACCGGUGGUGCAUCCCCGGCACCUCCAUCAUCGUCACGGCCACGAACUUCUGCGCCCCCAAUUACGGCUUCACGUCCGACGGCGGUGGCCACUGCAACCCUCCCAACAAACACUUCGUUCUCCCCAUCGAAGCCUUUGAGAAGAUCGCCAUUUGGAAAGCCGGCAACAUGCCCGUACAGUACCGCAGGAUAAAGUGUAGGAAGGAAGGAGGGAUUCGAUUUACUGUUACUGGUUCUGGAAUCUUCAUUUCGGUGCUGAUCAGCAAUGUUGCUGGCCAUGGAGACAUUGUGGCAGUGAAGGUGAAAGGGUCAAGAACUGGUUGGCUUCCCAUGGGUCGGAAUUGGGGGCAAAUUUGGCAUGUAAAUGCAUUGCUGCAGAAUCAACCUCUUUCGUUCGAAGUUACUGCAAGUGAUGGGAAAACAGUUACGUCUUACAGUGUUGCUCCCAAGGAUUGGACUUUUGGACAAACCUUUGAAGGCAAGCAAUUUGAGACUUGA